CGGCGAAAGCUGGGCAGAUCCAAGAUGGCAGCCAGCAGGCGGCUGAUGAAGGAGUUGGAAGAAAUCCGCAGAAGUGGAAUUAAAAACUUCCAAAACAUCCAGGUUGAUGACGCUAAUUUAUUGACUUGGCAAGGGCUUAUUGUCCCUGACAACCCUCCAUAUGAUAAGGGGGCCUUCAAAAUUGAAAUCAACUUUCCAGCCGAGUAUCCAUUCAAACCGCCGAAGAUCAUAUUUAAAACGAAGAUUUAUCACCCCAACAUCGAUGAAAAAGGGCAGGUCUGUCUGCCAGUAAUUAGUGCUGAAAACUGGAAGCCAGCAACCAAAACCGACCAAGUGAUCCAGGACCUCAUAGCACUGGUGAACGACCCUCAGCCCGAGCACCCACUUCGGGCAGACCUAGCUGAAGAAUACUCCAAAGAUCACAAGAAAUUCUGUAAGAACGCUAAGGCAUUUACAAAGAAAUACGGGGAAAAGCGGCCUGUGGACUAAAAUCUGCCACGAUUGAUUCCAGCAAGAGGGAGCUGAGACCCCAGCAAUGCACUGACACCUGCAAAGCAGGACUCGGGAAAACUGACACGUGCCACCGUUACUGGCAGUUACUAACUUUCUACAGUUUUCUUAAUUAAAACUGCUGUACGUAACCUGUAAAGAAAGGAUUAAAAAUGUAAGAUGUUCUAAACAACAAAUAAAAAACCCCCUCUGUUUGGCAGGAUAGAUCGCAUUUCAUCCCAAAAUAGAAUGUAAAAAAAAAGUAGCUACAUAUUUUAAGACUCGUUUGAAAUCUACAAAUGUUCUUUGGUAAACAUUUAUUUUACGAUUCUGACUUUCCUAUUCCUUCUUUUUCAAUUUCUUCUUAAUUAUCAGCUGUUGGUUUAUAAUGCUCACCCACUUAUCCUUCCUUCCUUGUUGGAAGCUAUAGAGGUGCAGAAAGUUUCCAUAGUAAUAACUGCCUUUCUCCUUUUCCUCUCUGCUUCCCCACUCAAUUUGUUAAUAUCCAUUUUAUAGGUGCAAACCUGUAUUAAGAUGUGUUAUAACACAGUCACAGUCUUGGUUCCUUUUGGAGUGGUUUCAAUAAAUGAGUUGUCAUAAUUUAGGUUUUGCAAUAGUAUCUUCAUUUCUAAUUUAAGUUGUAUAAGUUUAAAGUUUACAGCACAUUGCUUUGACUUACAUAUUUGUGAAAGGAUGACCACAAUUGACUUAGUUAACAACCAACAUCUCAUAUACAUAC